AUGACGAGAGAACACAUUCCUUUGCCGGGCUUGCGAGUCAUGGCGACCGCCUUCUUCCUCGCCCGCAUGGCUGAGGGCGCCGAGACCUACAAGAACUACUGCGCCGGCCUGGACAACAAAGUCGUAGACUUUAAGAACUGCGAUGGCAAACAACCUGAAAACACAUUCUUCAUGUUCGCCAGUGACGACCAAAACAUUCCUGUCGGCACCGUCAUCGACCCCAUGCACGUAGAUCUCUUCGACAGCUCCGACCCAGUUGAGCGCCAAAACGUCCUCCUUCCACUGGAAAUCGAAUCUGGAGGAUUUGGAAAGCGUCAAGAUUGCGGCAACACAGGAGGAGGAGGUGGCGGUAGCACUGGCGGUGGCGGUGGCCGCACGGUCAUUGUCGGUGGUGGUGUUAUCGUUGGCGGCUAA